GUACAAUCAUAUUCUUCUGAAAGCAUGGCUCAAUGAAUGAACACUCUUCAUUUCAGGUAGCCAGCCAACACAACAUUGAGUUCUCCUCCACAGCUGGCCAAUUACUUGACUGACUGACUGAAACUGACGGUUGAACAUUGGCUGGUCGACUGAGGUAUUCUCCAUCUAUCGUCCACUAAUCCAUUGUUUUCCUUGCUGAUCACGUUUACAGAUAUACAGACAGAUGGCUGACAAGCAGAUCAGUUUACCUGCCAAAUUGAUCAAUGGGGGAAUUGCUGGACUGAUUGGUGUGACAUGUGUAUUUCCUAUUGACCUAGCCAAGACCCGUCUCCAGAACCAGCAAAAUGGUUCCCGUCUCUACACCAGCAUGUCAGAUUGCCUUAUCAAGACCAUCCAAUCAGAGGGGUACUUUGGCAUGUACAGAGGUGCUGCUGUGAACCUGACUCUGGUCACUCCAGAGAAGGCCAUCAAACUAGCUGCCAAUGACUUCUUUAGACAGCACCUGUCCAAGGAUGGUCAGAAGCUCACCCUGCUGAGGGAGAUGCUGGCGGGUUGUGGUGCUGGUACAUGUCAGGUCAUCAUCACCACUCCCAUGGAGAUGCUAAAGAUCCAGUUACAGGAUGCAGGGCGGAUAGAGGCUCAGAGGAAGCUGAUGUCCCAGGCUGCAGUUGGGGCCCCUGGGGGCCCAGUGGAGUUGAGGUCCCAUACAGCAAUGCAGCUCACCCGGGAGCUGCUGAGGAGCCAGGGCAUUGCAGGGCUCUACAAGGGCCUGGGGGCCACACUCCUGAGGGACGUGCCAUUCUCCAUAAUCUACUUCCCCCUGUUUGCCAAUCUGAACAGGCUUGGUGGCCGUGGAGCUGAUGGCCCCGCUCCCUUUUAUGUGUCCUUUGCAUCAGGCUGCAUCGCUGGCAGUACAGCUGCUGUGGCAGUUAAUCCUGUGGAUGUGAUUAAGACCAGAAUUCAGACCAUGACACGGGGAAGUCAGGAGGACACCUACGGCGGAGUGACAGACUGCAUCAGGAAGAUUCUGCGCCAAGAGGGUCCCUCUGCUUUCCUGAAGGGGGCGUACUGCCGUGCUCUGGUCAUUGCUCCCCUCUUUGGCAUCGCACAGGUGGUCUACUUCCUGGGAGUGGGAGAGUUCCUUCUCAGAUUCCUGCCUCAACAGAACAACUAGUCUUGCACUCUCAUACACAGCCCACAUUGGAGCCAGGUAAUCUGUCACUUUCCUCUCAGACACAGCCAACAUUAGCCUAAGCCCUAAGGAGUUAGUCAGAGAGAGACAGAACGGUGUGUGUGUUCUAGACCAAAGUUUGUCCUUUGCACCUGUUGAGGGUGUUCUGAUAGGUCAUCAUUUAUUAUAUCCCCUACCUGAGACGAAUUACUGUAAAUAUUUAAAUUUAGGUCUGAUUUAUAACUAUAUGAUAAUAAUUCAAGAUAAUUUCAAGUGUACUUUUAGUUGUGCUUUAUCAAGGUUUAGUCAUGGAAUUCUCUUUAUUGUUUGUACUAAGAUAAUGCUACCAUAAUAUAUAAAUCUGUCAAACAUGA